CCCCAAUAAUGUGAAUAUGCACCUCAAAAUAUCCAUGAAAGUGAGUUUCCCACAUUGUUUUAUAACGCUAACAUUUAAAACUGAGUACACUGGACGUAAAGGUCAGAAAGGUCAGCCUUUGAUAAAGUAUGGACCGGAAACGUGUGCGUCAGUGCUUUUAUUCUGAAGGCCUACACCGGAUGCUCCCGUGUAUACUCCGGUGUACUUAACAGUGUUCUCGGACUCUCGCUCAUUCAGCCGUGUGCUGCAGCAGGAAGAAGAGACGCAGAAUGCAAAACUCAACUAUGUUGGGUAAGAGAUCGUUAUUAGCGGCUCUGCUCGCUGUGGUCGUUGGCGUUUAUCUGCUGCCGUCUCCUAUAGACCCCAAACCACAUGUACUGAAGGGGCCCCCUCCGGCCCUCGAGGGGCCGCUGGCUGUCAACACCCGGCUGCAGAACGGCCGCAGGCUGUUCACCGGGAAACUACGCGGACCAGAAUCCUUCACUGCGGAUGAGGAGGGUAACGUGUUCACAGGGACGGUGGACGGGAAGCUGUGGAGGAUCGGUCCUGAUGACAGUCUCACCCUCAUCACACAGAUGGGACAGGACCUACCAGAAUGUGGCAGCAGCACGGACUACGAGCCCGUGUGCGGUCGUCCUCACGGUGUUCGUCUGGAUCGCCGCGGUCAGCUGAUAGUCGCCGACUCGUACUUUGGGCUGCACAGCGUCGACCCCAAAACUGGAGAAAAGACUCUGCUCCUUUCUAAUUCACAAGGAGCUGACGGCGUUCCCUUUGCCUUCCUGAACGGGCUGGAGAUUUCCUCCCAAACUGGGCUCAUUUAUUUCACCGACUCGUCCAGCCGAUGGGGACGCAGACACGUCAAGCUGGAGGUGAUCGAGCUGAACAGCCUCGGCCGUCUUCUCUCCUUCGAUCCAGAGACAGGAAGUGUGAAGGUGCUGCUGGACUCUCUCUACAUGCCCAACGGCAUCGCCCUGUCUCCAGACGAACACUUCCUGUUGCUGGCAGAGACGAGCAUCGGACGCAUGCUGAGAUUUUGGCUGAAGGGGCCGAAGGCCGGCACCAAAGAGGUCGUCCUGGACAACAUGAUCGGUUACCCUGACAACGUCCGCCGUAGCGACCACGGAACAUUCCUGGUUGGCAUAACAACGCCCCGGUUCCGGAAGGUCACACCCCCUUUCCUGGACCUGAUCGCCCCGUACCCGCCCGUCAAACGCCUCCUGAGCAAGGUGAUCCCUCUGAGCUGGUACGACCUCCUGCUGCCGCGCUACGCUCUGGUCCUGGAGCUGGGCUCGGACGGCGAGAUCGUGGGAACGCUGCACGACCCCGAAGGCCGGCUGACGUGGGCCGUCAGCGACGUCUUCCAGCACCGGGGGAGGACGUACCUGGGCAGCACCGACCUGCCGUUCCUGCCCGUCCUGGAGGGGUGGGACAGCUGAGGACGUGGCUCAGCAGCUACGAGGACAGCUUGUGCUGCUUCUGGACUUUGACAUGUUUUAAGGUUUUAGGCGUCGACUUCUGGAGCGACGAGUGGAUGCUGUGUGGAUGAAAACCCGGAUAUUGUGGUUUCAGGUUUGGACUCUUGUCACCCACUGAUGGCCUGAGAGGUGAACAGAAAGAACUGUGAUCAUCUCUGAAAAGUUAAAAACAACCUGAACAAACUUCCAUCUGCUCAAACUAAAAAGUGUCACAGAAGUGUUAAAACCUUAAUUUAUAAUCCUAAAUGGUAGAAAUUAGGAAAGUUAAAGAAGUUCAUCUUUGCACUGGACGUCUGCAGAAGAAACACCGAGUCAUCACUUUCUCUCGUACUGAAAUUAAACUUCAAUAGAGACACUUAAAAUGUUAUUCAGCAUUUUUCACCGUCUAGUCUUUUAAUAGUUCAGAUCGUUUGUAAGAGAAACAUGAGAUUGAAUUAACUCGUUUGACGCAGAGACUCGGCCUGAAUUCUCUGAGGAUUUUAAAAUUAAACUUAAACUGUAAUUUCAAACUGUCUGGAAAAACAAACGAUGUGGUUGUGUUGUAUUAAUACCAUAUUUGACUGUUAGAUUUUAAAAUAAAUAUGAGAAAUAAGCGAGACUCAAAUCUUUCUGACAUUUGAAGAUCUCUCGUUGGACUCUGAAGGUAUUCUUUUAACUAUUUUCUGACUUUUUAUGUCUGAUGUGACUUUUUCUUUUUUAGUUUUUGUGCCAAAACUGAAGUUAAACUGUGCAUGUGAUUUCGGGUUCAUCAGGAGAUGCUUUAUUGUUUCCUAAAGCAGAGAAGAAGAGUUUGUAUGAAAACAGGUGCGUACAAAAUGACAAACACUUGUCCCCAACAGGUGAGAUAUAAAGGUAAGAAGAUAACUAAGGUGUAAAUGGGACAACAAAACAAACUUAGAAAAUGAGGGAAAGCUU